AGCAACCAGUGUUUGGUGGCGGCUACACCGACGUGGGACCUGAACAGCUCCAGCAGCGCUAACUCAGCACUAUGCAUCGAGCGGAGCGGACGAGCAGCAAGCUGUGUCGGGAGAGGGAGCUAGAAGCCGCAAGAACCAUCCACCACAAGAAGCUGGGUGAAACUCGCUCUGCCAUUGACACCACCAAGCCGAAAACGCUGUCCAUGGUCCACAUGACGUGCAACAAGCGCAAGGAGCGACUUGUGGAAGAGCGGGCCCAAGAGAUCGAAAAACACAACAACAUGCUCGUGAAUCGAAUGGCAGACGUCCUCAACUGCUCGUCAUGGGAGUUCCAUCCAUGCGAGUCUGUAGAAGACGUGUCAUACACAGUCUACCAUAGCCCUCGCCGCAGCCCCCGCAAGCCGACCGCCCCGCUCCCGGCGAAGAAGUGGCUCAACGACACGUUUCGAACGAAGAAGCUCAAGCAAAUUCAAGCCGAGAACGAGUUGCACAAGCAUCGCGUCCGCACGACAUCAACCUAUUACAAGACGACAAAGCUCCAACGUGACUGGAAACAAAGCGUCAAGUACCUCAAGUCUAUCUGCGCAUACCCGCUGCUGUCGCCGUCCAAGGACCCGCCGCCUGAAAACGACCGAUUCGACUACGCUCCAUUGCGGGGCCGCGCCGCGCAGUUGCUCCAACUCACGCCCGAUGGCGACGCCGUUGACCAGGACAACUUGCUUGACUUUUACAGUCUGAGCUUGCCAACGAUCAUCACGCCAAUCUUGGAGUCACCAUCUCCAUCACAUAAGGUAUUUCAUGCCAACUGCGCAGCCACAACCUACUGCCGGGGGCGCCAGUCGAAACAACACCGCCCAAGCUUCCAGCCCCAACGAGUCGGCAAGCGCCCGGGGCUGCCGUCGUUGGACCCAUUGAGUCCCCGAUUCAAGUGGGGUCAGAAUGGGUCGCCCUGCCACAACGGAGGGGUUCACUCCCCGGGCUUCCUCGAUGCCACGUCGCCGUACAAUUUUAAGCAGUGCCGUGUGAUUGAAGGCGUCUACUUCGUCCUGACCGUCAAGGCCGGUCGCACACCAUACGGAAUGACAGUCGCGGGCUACGACAGUGAAACAUGUCGGACGUACGAACUCGUCGUGUCGAAAGAGCACGUCCUCAAGCUCCUUCGCGACACGAUCUCAAUCAAAGAGGAGUUCUCGGUCGAAAUGAUUUCGAGAUUGCUCUGCGACAGGCUUCAGUAUGUCCCGCACGUGCUGUAUGUGCCCCUGGACGACCCGGCGUCCGCCGCAUCCUCGAAUGCGACGCUUCAGUCGUCCAUCUUCUGCAUGUUUCACGAGGUCGCGAUCGUUCCGUCGUUACCACAGUUUCUUGUCUCGAUGGCGUCCACCGAGGACGGCGGCGUUCACUUUACAGCCGAACACCCCAUCACGCACAAGACGUACGUCCUGACCAAAUCUGGCGCCGACAUCGCCGCGUACCUCCGGACUAGGGCUACUACACCUGCGUUCUCGACGUUGGAAGCUGCCGCCGUUGCGCUGUUGCCGCAUUUGACCAUUCAGAAUGGCGUCUUGACAUGGCAAAUACCGCCCCUGAAGCGAACGUGCAUGUUGAAGUCCGCGCGGCAGUUCGGCGCCGACUACUACCUCGUCCAGGUGUGCCUCGAUGAGUCAGACGACGGCAGAGGCGCAGUUGUUGUUGUGGCCUAUAAUUCUGACGAAUGCGCUUCUCUCGAGCUGGUCCUUCCGCCGCACGUGGUAAAAGACCCGGCGUCUCGCACGAAUACCGAGUGGGAAUCAAUUCUUGACCGUUUGGAUGUCGAGCAUGGUCCCGAGAAGCGUCUGCGCUACUGCCCAAGAGCCCCAGCACCAACGACGACGACGCACACAAAAGCCCCUCUGGUUCCGUUGCAGCCAUCGAUUGCACCCCCUCCUGACAGCGAUCAUGCGCACGAACAAGCGAAAGCUGCAGCGACAAUCCAGGCCACCAUGCGUGCGGCCCUAACGCGGAAGCUCUACCUGGAGAAGCAAAACGCCGCCCACGUUAUCAAGACGUCAUACUUGCGCCGCCUGCAUCAGAAGAAGCGGGCAAAGAAACGACAGCACCAAAUCGUGCUGUGCUCGCCAAUUAAGCCACCCGUCCCCGACGAAACAAACGCUGCAGUUGCCAUUCAAAAGGUUGUCCGGGGAUCUAUCUGUAGGCAUCAACACACCAAAGCGUCUCUCCUGCCAAAAGAAGUCGCAGUGCCCCCCCGUCCCGUCGGCAAAGGGGUGAGCGCCAUCCAAGCGCGGAUUCGAGGUGCGCAAACGAGGCAACGGUUGCGCCGGGAAGAGGAAGAACGAGUGGCCAGCGACAAACAGCACAAAGCUGCCACAAUUCUGCAAGCUCGGAUGCGUGGUGUGCUCGUCCGAAACGGAGAUAGGAACGGGUAGCACGACCGCUUCAAAUCCUACAAUAUCGUAUCAUCAGACACA